AUGAUCUCAUGGGGAUUCUGGGUCUGGCUGGGGCUUAACCCCUUCCCUCCCGCGGUUCCCGUUGGCUCCCACCGGCUCCGGGGCAUUAACCCCUUCUUCCGGCCUAUCCGUUCGGCCCCUUCCUCCUACAAUCAGGGGGACGGCCGGACUCACUGCCCUCGCUCUCUCAGGCUGCUCCAUACCGUACACCUGGUAAUGUGCUGGAUGCUUUCCAACAUCCACUACCUUGGUGCAGGGCAGUCUGUGGGGCGACCACGAGGUAGCCUGAGCAUGACGCGGCCGGCCAUCUUUGAUCCUGCGUCUACCGAGACUCCAGGGACCAUGUUCCACCUCCUUUACCCUCGGCGGCCAUCUUUAAUCUCGCGAGAUUAUGGACGGCCGUUUUGCUACUCUUGCCCACCACAAUUACGGCGCUCGAGAGUAACAUAUACCUGGGCUGUCAGUUAG